CCACCCUUCUUCCAAGGGGGGUCUAGUGCUCGCAAUGGCACACCUAGACUUUCUCCUUGCCAAUGUUGCAAUGAAACACUUAGUUUGGAUCGAUUGCAUUCAUUGCACACUGGUCUUUGGAAGCACUUACUUGGAGAAUUGAAGAUAAUCCUCGCAUCACUUGGACGUGAUGCUCAGGAAGCAUUUGAGAAGUUGAUUGCUAACUUCCCUCAAUGGUGCAACCUUAACCACUUCGAAUCUGUCAUCAAUAUUUCAUUCACCAACGGCAACAAAUACCAGGACCUCUCUAAGCAAACAUUGUAUCCAGCUUUGAAUAUCCUGAUGCACAGAGCCAGUCCUGUUGGCUAUCAGCUGCUUCGCAUUAUCAGCAGUUAUCAGCAGGUGGAUAGCUGGAUUGGUCUCAAUGUGCAUACUAAGAGCACACUUGCAGCGAUCAAAGAUGAGCUUUUAGUUUUUGAUGUUGAGCUCAAGGCCUAUAUUAUAUGCGCUAAAGAAUCAGAGAUCGAUAAAUUGAAGCUCGACUGGGACUUUCCGAAGACCCACCUAUGGAAACAUGUUUUUCACAAUAUCCGACAUAAGGGAGUAGCACACAACUAUAGCACACAUCCUAACGAGAAGCUUCAUGGCCCCCUCAAA